ACCCUGGAUCUAAAUAACAACAUCGACGUUUCCUUGGACUCUUCGUUUGUUUCUUCCACCGGUGGCUCCCACGCUCAGCCUUGCCGUCCGGUGGCCUCUCACCGCUGGAUUCAAACUAUAACAUCAAACUUGAAUCAAUCGUUAAUUUUUUGAUCUGGGUUGUUGGAGAAUUGUAGCAAUUUCGAGUGUCAAUCCGCAAUCGAUUCGAAAAAGUCAAUGGAUGAGGUGAUCACCAUAGCCGAUGCGGCGUACCGCGCUAGUAAGGUUACGGGGACGGCGGCGAUGCCUUCAUCUUCAGUUCCGGUCCUCCCCUACAGUGUUCCGCUGUUAUCAGCAUUCCUUGCCUUCGCUAUUGCGCAAUUCCUCAAGGUCAUCACCACCUGGUAUAAGGAAAAGAGAUGGGAUCCUAAAAAGAUUAUGGGCUCGGGUGGAAUGCCAUCAUCUCAUUCUUCAACUGUUGUGGCACUGGCAGUAUCCAUAGGUCUACAUGAAGGGGUCGAAGCAUCAACUUUCGCGAUUGCUGUUGUCUUGGCUUUUAUUGUUAUGUAUGAUGCGUCUGGAGUCAGACUCCAUGCCGGACGCCAAGCUGAGGUGCUGAACCAGAUUGUCUGUGAAUUUCCUCCGGAGCACCCGUUAUCAACAUCCAGACCUCUGCGUGAUUCUCUUGGGCAUACUCCGUUACAGGUGGUUGCAGGGGCCAUGUUGGGAUGCAUAGUCGCAUUCGGGAUUAAAGUGUCCGGCUAAUUGAUUGCAUUGGCGAAAGGUAGAUGAUGCGAAGCAUUCGGCUACUGGAAUUGUUGUAUUUAUGAUUGUUUACGAUCUAUCAUGUACUUCGAAAGGUGGUUUCCUCGACCUCCUACAACUUCUGUAAAAAAAAUGUCGCUUUUUUUUAAUUGCCAAUUUUACCCUAUAUAAAGUA